CCUGAAGUGACGAUAACGUCAGUGAUGACGUCAUCUGAGAGCAUGACGUCAGAGAUAAUGUCAUCUAAGAUAAUGACGUCAGAUCGGACAUCAUCUACUGUCGCAACGAAAGUGACGACAGGGUCGACGCCGGGAAGCACCGAUACAGCGCACACGGACGCGACUACCCAUGGUACUAUGUCAUCCGUUAAGGGGUCAACGACAGCGCAGGUGAUCGUGACGUCACAGAAGACUGCGACAGAGAGUGGUUCAACGACAUUGGUCGAUGGUGAGAUGACGUCAUCGCCAGAAAGGAACGUAUCGAUGUCCACGCCAGCUGGUUCAUCGUCUGAAGGAAUCUCUGAAGAUCAAAAAGUGGUAGUCAUCGUGUCGGCGACCGCCCUCGGAGUAGUCACUAUCCUCGCCAUCAUCAUCGGACUCAUUAGCUGUCAUCAUACACGCCAAGGAACAACCGAUAAAGCUAUUUAUGAAACCAACGGAGGGACGACUAAAAACGAACAUGCCUAUGAUAACAAUGGAGUCGUCCUCGUCAACACCCAUUUGUAGUCGUUUAGAAUCUGACGCUUUUGUAAAAUGGACAUUUAGAUUUCGCCAUCAUCAUCGCUCUCAUCAGCAGUCGACAUACACGUUAAGGACAAUCCGAUAAAAGAUAUUUAUGAAACAAGUGGAGCAAAGACUAAAACUACCACACAUAUGACGGUAAUGGAAUCUACCUAGUCAAUAUGCAUUUGUAGUCAUUUAGAAUGUGACUCUUUUGUAAAAUGGUCAUUUAGAUAUCGCCAUCAUCAUCACCGCACUAAUCAGUAGUAUAUUUCAAAUUUUAGUGAUCGAUAUUAAAAAACUAUAAUCUAUACGAUAAUUAUUGUAGAUA